AGGAUGGCUGGAGCACCUCCAAGUUACUCUUUCGUGGCUUUCCCUCCACGUACUAAGGAUGGCCUGGUGGUGUUUGGGAAGAAUUCAGCUCGUCCCAGAGAUGAAGUGCAGGAGGUUGUGUAUUUCCCAGGUGCUGAUCAUGAGCCUGAAAGCAAGGUGGAGUGCACUUACAUUUCAAUUGACCAAGUUCUGAGGACCCAUGCCAUAGUGAUAAGCAGACCUGCCUGGCUUUGGGGAGCAGAAAUGGGAGCCAAUGAGCAUGGAGUAUGCAUAGCCAAUGAAGCCAUCAAUGCCAGAGAACCUGCUGCUGAGACUGAAGCCUUACUGGGGAUGGAUCUGGUCAGGCUUGGUUUAGAAAGAGGAGCAACAGCGAAAGAAGCCUUAGAUGUCAUUGUCUCUUUGUUGGAAGAACAUGGGCAAGGUGGGAAUUAUUACGAAGAUGCAAGCUCCUGCCAUAGUUUUCAAAGUGCAUACCUGCUUGUGGAUCGUGAGGAAGCCUGGGCACUGGAGACUGUAGGAAAAUACUGGGCUGCAGAAAAAAUCACAGAGGGAGUAAGAUGCAUCUGCAACCGGCUUUCACUCACCACUAAGAUGGAUGCAGAGCACCCGGAACUCAGGGCGUACGCUCAGAGUCAAGGCUGGUGGACGGGAGAGGAUGAGUUCAAUUUUUCCCAGGUUUUUUCCCCAGCUGAUGAUCUUCCUGACUGCUGUGCAGGCAAAGAUAGCUUAGAAAAACAAGAAGAAAGCAUCACUGCACAGACGAUGAUUAACAUCUUACGAGACAAAGCCAGUGGAAUCUGCAUAGAUUCUGACUCUUUCCUCACCACGGCCAGUAUAGUAUCUGUCCUGCCACAGAGAAAAAGCUCGCCAUGCAUUCACUACUUCACUGGGACCCCAGAUCCUUCCAGGUCCAUUUUCAAGCCUUUCAUCUUUGUUGAUGAUGUGAAACUUGUUCCCAAAGCACAGUCUCCCUGUUUUGGGGACGAUGAUCCUGCCAAAAAGGAGCCUCGGUUCCAGGAGAAACCAGAUCGCCGGCAUGAGCUGUAUAAGGCCCAUGAAUGGGCACGUGCUGUCAUCGAAAGUGACCAGGAGCAGGGCCGCACACUGAGGAAGACCAUGCUGGAGUUGGAAAAGCAAGGUCUGGAAGCCAUGGAAGAAAUCCUGAGCAGCCCCGACCCUCCAGACUCUGCUGAGAUGGCGGACCUUUUCUAUGACUGUGUUGACACGGAGAUUAAGUUCUUUAAGUGAAGUAAGCAGCUCUUCUCUCUUCUUAUUUAACAUGCCCCAUUUGACUAAAUGACCAGCAAAACAAAUCACUCUUCUGUGUGAGCAAAAUGAGAAAAAGAUGUGGCCUCUUGUUCUGAAGCCAGAUCAAGCUGAUCCCGUGUGUCUCCAAACAUCCUCUUUGCUGCAUAUUUGUCCCCUUCCUUUGCUAAGUAACA